AUGUACUUUGAUGGUGUUGCACAACGUGAUGAAGCUGGUGCUGGUGUGGUGUUUGUCACUCCGCAGGGAGAAGUUCUACCAUACUCCUUUAUUUUGACACAACGUUGCUCCAAUAAUGUCGCUGAAUAUCAAGCACUAAUACUUAUACUUGAAAUGGCUGUCGACAUGAAGCAGUUGCAGUUGCAAGUCUUUGGUGACUCUCAGUUGGUGAUCAACCAAGUCUUGGGAAGCUAUGAAGUCAAGAAGCCUGAAUUACUCCCCUAUCAUGGUUAUACUCAGAAGUUGAUAGGAUGGCUUGGUGAUGUGACUCUUCAGCACCUUCCAAGGAAGGAAAAUAAGAAAGUCGAUGCUUUAGCUGCUCUAGCGUCAACUCUAACUCUGCUAGAUCAAACACAAAUGACUAUCUACCAGAAAUGGGUAGUACCUCCGCUAAAUGAGGAUGAAAGUGCUGAAAAUGAGCUUUAG